AUGUCUGAGCUGCUGGUUAAGUUCCAGGACCCGGGGCAGGCGGACCAGCUGACGCAGAUCAUGGCAGAGCUGGAGAAGACCAAGUUGGUGCUCCACGAGACCAUCGAGGCGGCGCUGGAGAGAGGGUGUAAGAUCGAGACGCUCAUCAACAAGUCCAACGACCUGUCGGGCUCGUCGAAGAUGUUCUUCAAGACGGCCAAGAAGCAGAACCAGUGCUGCACCUUCAUGUAGCCCCAGAGGAGGAGGGCGGGGCGCGGCGGCGGCCCCUGCCCAGGGCCUGGACUAGCCGGGGCUGGCCGGGUGUCGGGACGACACGUCACACGAGGAGGACGCCCUUACUUAGCAGUGGGUGGGGGCAAGGCGCAGAGGGUGCGCGCGCGGCGCGAGAGGUACGUGGCGAGACGAGAGAGAGUGUCUGGUGUGGGUGGAGGUCGCCACGCGUGUGCUUCAUACUAUGUGGGGAAAAGUCGGCAUCGCCACAGUGCACAGAUAUGAUGGAGAUAUUCGUAUUUGGCAGCACAG